CUUGCUGUUCUAAUUAUAUCUCUCUUUUCUCUCUCAAACAAGCAAACAAACAAACAAACCCUUCUUCUUCGUUCCUAUCCUAUCCUAUCCUAUCCUCACUUGCAUGCAUUUUCAUUUUCAUCUUCACAUUCUUCAUCACUUCAUUUUUCUCUCCCAUUAAUUAAAAAGCAAACAUUAACUCAACUACACUACACUGCAGUCAAAAAGUUGUAGUAGUGAGUAGUAUAAUAACGCCAUAAGGGUGUGUAUAAUUUUUCAACUCUUUUUGUUUUUUUGUUAAGAUGAUGGUGUAAAAAACGUUGUAUCCGUUCAUAAACGUUGCUAAGUAUUAAUUAAUCUCAAAAUAUUUUCAUCUAUAUAUUUCAUCAACCAAACACAAUGGCUCGUGCAAGCACUACUAGCAACUCUAGUAUUAAUCAUAACUGGUUAUCAUUUUCACUCUCACCAAUGGAAAUGUCUCAUCUUGAUUCAUACGACGUCGCUUCAUCCGUUACUAACAACAACACCUCUCAUCAAAAUCAUCAUCACUAUUUCCUUGACAACAUGUUUCACACUGGUUGGGGAAAGAGUACUGAAGUAGUGGCAACUGCACAAGCGCUGGAACAACCGAUUUGGUUUAUGGAUUCAACAACGCAAUCACAGAGCGUUGUUAACCACGCGCCGUCACCUAAGCUGAAUGAUUUUCUCGGUGACAGUCAAGCAGAGACGCAAGAUGAUUCUUCUUUAACAAACAUGUAUGAUCACCACCAUUACUUCGGUGGGGACCACCACCAGCAUCAGCAACAGAAUCAUCAGGAUCUUGUUGUUACUGGUUUUCAAGCUUUUUCAAACAACUCUGGUGGUGGUUCUGAAGUUGAUGAUUCUGGUUCUAUUGGAAAAUCAUCACAAGCUGCAUGUGGAAAUGAGUUUGGAACUCAUUGUGUUGAGUCUGGGAAUGAGUUUGCUUACUCAGCUGCGGCUGUUACGGCGGUUAACGGUGCUUUGUCUCUCGCCGUUGCUCGGAGCUCCGAGGAUAAUGCUAUUGUGGUUGCUGAUUCUGAUAGCUCCAAGAAAAUCGCUGAUACUUUUGGUCAGCGAACUUCAAUUUACCGUGGUGUUACUAGGCAUAGAUGGACUGGAAGAUAUGAAGCGCAUCUUUGGGAUAACAGCUGUAGAAGGGAGGGUCAAGCUAGGAAAGGGCGUCAAGUCUAUUUGGGUGGAUAUGACAAGGAGGAAAAGGCCGCAAGAUCCUAUGAUUUGGCUGCCCUAAAGUAUUGGGGACCCACUGCUACUACCAACUUCCCUGUUUCCAGUUAUGUAAAGGAAUUGGAAGAAAUGAAAGAAGUAACUAAGCAAGAAUUUAUUGCGUCACUGCGGAGGAAGAGUAGUGGCUUUUCAAGAGGAGCUUCAAUCUACAGGGGUGUUACAAGGCAUCACCAACAGGGUAGGUGGCAAGCGAGAAUUGGCCGUGUUGCCGGAAACAAAGACCUGUACUUGGGAACAUUUGCAACUGAAGAGGAAGCGGCAGAGGCGUACGACAUUGCAGCAAUAAAAUUCCGAGGUGCAAAUGCAGUCACAAACUUUGAGAUGAACAGAUAUGAUGUGGAUGCCAUAAUGCAGAGUUCUCUUCCGGUUGGUAGUACAGCGAAGCGCGUGAAGCGAUCACUUGGGUCUGAACAGAAAGCUUCUGUAACCAGCAAUAUUCAGCAGCAGAACAACGCGGAACAGUAUGCAGCAUGCAUGAUCAAUAGCAACAAAAGCAGCAACAUUAAUUUCUCAACCAUUCCGCAUCAGCUGCCAGCUGCACUGAGUACAGUCCCUUAUGGAAUGGUCCCCUAUGAUUCGAAUCCUUCGGCUUAUUAUCAUCACACCCUCUUCCAACAUUUCAAUUCUGAAUCCAAUGAUGGCGCUGCAGAAUCUGUUGUGAAUUCCACCAAUGCAACAAAUGGUGGACUCAAUGCCAUGCCACCAACAUCAGCAGCUGAGUUCUAUUUAUGGCCUAAUCAGUCUUAUUGACUAUAAUUAGUGUUAUCAAUUAGUUUUAUCUUUUGCUAUUCUCUUGCUUUCCUAACUAAUCAAAAGGCUUAAGUUAAUUAUUAUCGGUCUCUGGCGCAGUUUCAGCCGAUUCUCUUUUAUGAACUCCUCUAUAUGAUUAACAUUUAGGUACUAAGAAAGAAUUAUAUGUGGUUUUUUUGAGUAUGCUAAUCUUAGUUACAGUGGUAUGCUGGAUUAUGUAACUAGUUAAUUGCUCAGAAAAUGAGGAUUAUUUUUAGUGGUGCA